AAAACAGUGACAUUCAUACCCUGCAACUCGAAUUGCUCGGCCCGGAUCGGACAUUGAUUUCUGGUGCAGUGGUUGCCCAACAUGGUGGCUUCAAAGAAGAACCUGAAGGCGACGAAAAAGUUUGAGAAGAAGCACCUCAAGGGCGUGCUAGAAAGGAGGAAAGCAACCGCGAAAAUCAAGCAACGACACCAACUCAAGGAAAAGAAGAAGGCCAAGCGAGCGAAAGAUGACGAGUUCUACAAAGGCCCCGGAGAUGAUGCCAAUGGCGGCAAAAAAGAUGCCAAAAAGAAGAUCGGUGCCAAGGCUAUCGAGAUGAGCGUCGACGACUUCUUCAAAGGCGGGUUUGAGAUACUCGACCAGGGGCAGUCGGCCAAGUCGAAGCCCAAGGCUACCGCUAAGCUGGGGAAACGCAAGCGUGGAGAGGCUGAUGCGCAGGAGGACAGCUCAGAAGGGAGCGAGAGCGAAUCGGAAAUUUCAGACAACGAGGAGCCCGUGGUCAGCGACAGCGAGCCGGACGAUGCUAGCGACGACGACGACGACCUCGGCAUGUCCAAGGGUGCCAUGGAUGCACUCGCCGAGAACGAUCCCGAGUUUUACAAGUUCCUCAAGGAAAACGACCCGGAAGCGCUAGACUUUGACGAGAAUGCAGACCUUGCCGAGGUCGACGAACUCAGCGGCAGUGAGGACGAGGGGCAGCCAAAAAAGAAGCAGAAAAAGGACAAGAAGGCCGCCAAGGAAGAGGAGAAGGAUGGCCAUGAACUCACCCGAGCCAUGGUAGCGAAGUGGAAAGCAUCCAUGGCCGAGACGCACUCCCUCAGAGCUGCCCGCCAGGUUGUUAUUGCCUUCCGGUGCGCCGCCCACCUGAAUGAGAGUGACGAGGAGAACCGGCAACGGUACAGCAUCACAAGUCCAGAAGUUUUCCACGAUAUCCUCGUUGUCGCCCUAAAGCAGAUCCCUGAGGUCUUGCAACACCACGUUCCGGUCAAGGAAUCAGCCUCUGGCAAGAUCUAUGUCCAGACCGAGGGCAAAAAGUUCAAGACGCUGUCAAUGCUCAUCAAAAGCUAUUCCGCUUCCAUUAUCCGGCUGCUGAGUACGCUAUCGGAUGAAGCCACGCUCAAGCUUACUCUCUCAGCUUUACAGCCACUCCUCCCAUACCUGCUAUCUUUCAGGAAGGUGCUGAAGAUGCUGAUUAAGACGGUGGUUGCGUUCUGGUCCCAGUCAGCAAGCACCGAAUCCACUAGGAUAACAGCCUUCCUAGUAAUACGCCGUCUCGUCGUCAUUGGCGACAAGGCUGUCAGGGAAGCCGUGCUCAAGGCGUCCUAUCAGGGCCUAGUACAGGGCAGCCGCCUCACCAACGCCAACACGAUCCAAGGCAUCAACCUCAUGAAGAACUCUGCCGCCGAGCUGUGGGGCCUCGACCAGACCCUCGGCUACACCACCGCCUUCACCUCGAUCCGCCAGCUCGCCAUCCACCUCCGCAACAGCAUCAUCAACAACAAGAACGACUCGUACCGCACCGUCUACAACUGGCAGUACGUCCACUCGCUCGACUUCUGGUCGUGCGUGCUGGCAGAGCACUGCAGCCCGCUCAAGGAAGCCGAGGCGGGCAAGGAGAGCCAGCUCAAGCUGCUCAUCUACCCGCUCGUGCAGGUGACGCUGGGCGCCAUGCGGCUGAUCCCGACGGCGCUCUACUUCCCGCUGCGCUUCCAGCUGAUCCGCUCCCUCCUGCGCCUGUCGCGCGCCACCGACACGUACAUCCCCCUGGCCUCGGCCCUGCUCGAGGUGCUGGCCUCGGCCGAGCUGAAGAAGCCGGCCAAGCAGUCGACGCUCAAGCCGCUCGAUUUUGCCACGGCCUACAAGGCGCCCAAGUCGUACCCGCGCACCCGCGUCUACCAGGACGGCGUCGGCGAACAGGUCGUCGAGCUGCUCGCAGAGUUCUUUGUGCUCUGGUCCCGCAGCAUCGCGUUCCCGGAGUUUGCCCUGCCCGUCAUCGUAAGCCUGAAGCGCUGGCUGAAGCAGAGCAGGAAGAACGGCGGCAACAGGAACGGAAAGCUGGCUGCCGGCUUGGUGCUGCUCGUGCAGAAGCUCGAGGCGAACGCGAGGUUCAUUGAGGAGAAGCGGGCCAAGGUCGAGUUUGCGCCCAAAGACCGCGCCCAGGUCGACGCCUUCCUGAAGGAUAUGGAGUGGGAGCGCACGCCCCUUGGCGCGUUUGUGGUCUCGCAACGGAAAUUGAAGGCAGAGCGGCAAAAGGUUGUUGAAGAGGCUAGGAAGGAGGAGGAGAGGAAGAGGAAGGAGGCAGAGAAGGAGGCCUUGGAGGAUGGGGUGGAGGGUGAGAGUGACGGUGAGGAUGAGGGGGAAGAGGAGGAGGAGGAUGCUGGCUCUGAGUCCGAGGAGGAAGAUGAGGAGGCUGAGAGCGAGGCAGAUGGGGAUGGAGAUGAGGAUGACGACGAGAGUGAAGAUGAAGAGGAUGAGGAGGAUGAAGAAUAAAUUUAAUGUCUCCGGUUUGCGACGACAGGUAUCUUGCAGCUGGUAACACUCACACUAGGUGCAUUAUAUUUUGCAGAGUAUGUGGUAUCCAAAACCACUAUCCCUGCUUCUUUCCAACGUCCUGCAGCCCAGAAAAGUUCUACUCCCCUUUGACGUCUAAUAAUCAUCGAUGGGCGUCGGCUCUACAUAAUUGAGAUCGUCAUUGUCCACCAU